ACAUGACACAGUAUGAUGAACUUGAUGCCCCUCUUUCACUCCAAGUAGCAAGUGUGGCCAGCAAGAGGUAACAUUCCUUUACAUCUUUUCAAAAAGGUACGCCUUUUUCUCUCAAAGUGAAGACAGCAAACUACUGUUCUGAAACAAUCUGGUGAACUGAUACAGAAACAAUUGUACUACCUUGCUAUGUUCAGGUAGCUGAGGACAGACAAGAAGCACUAACCUGGAAAAUGACUCAUGGCAACCUCUUGAUACUGAUAGUUCAUCCUCCCAUCAGGUACCACAGACAGAAAGGGAUGCUCUCUCUGCACCCAGCAUUACAAACAUGCUUGGAAGCCAAGUCUCGCCGUCAGAGAUCAAAGCUUAAAGCCUUGGCAUGAUUUAAUUUAAACACUCAAUGGCAAUGACAGGCACUGCGUCUCUCUUUUUCUCCAUUGCCUUUGCUUUGAAGCAAUUCAAUCGCAUGCCCAAACUGAGGUUACAAAUACAUUGCAUGCUCUGUUGUUUCUUCCAUCCUGCAACCAACACUUCUUCCAUUCCAGGUAUCAGUCAUGGCUUCCAAGCUCUCAGUUGCUGUUCUUCUCCUCUGCAUCGGCGUGUGCGUGGCUCGCAACAGCGACUUCUCCAUCGUUGGGUACUCCGAGGAGGACCUGUCAUCGCACGACAGGCUCAUCGAGCUGUUCGAGAAGUGGCUGGCCAAGCACCAGAAGGCGUACGCGAGCUUCGAGGAGAAGCUGCACCGGUUUGAGGUGUUCAAGGACAACCUGAAGCUCAUCGACGAGAUCAACCGGGAGGUGACCAGCUACUGGCUCGGCCUCAAUGAGUUCGCCGACCUCACCCACGACGAGUUCAAGGCCGCCUACCUCGGCCUCAGCCCUCCUCCGGCUCGCCGGAGCAGCAGCCGGAGCUUCAGGUACGAGGACGUGUCUGCCCAUGACUUGCCCAAGGAGGUCGACUGGAGGAAGAAGGGCGCGGUGACGGACGUGAAGAACCAGGGGCAGUGCGGCAGCUGCUGGGCCUUCUCGACAGUGGCGGCGGUGGAGGGGAUCAACGCCAUCGUGACGGGCAACCUGACGGCGCUGUCGGAGCAGGAGCUCAUCGACUGCAGCGUGGAUGGCAACAGCGGCUGCAACGGCGGCAUGAUGGACUACGCAUUCUCCUACAUCGCCUCCAGCGGCGGGCUCCACACCGAGGAGGCCUACCCGUACCUCAUGGAGGAAGGCAGCUGCGGUGACGGCAAGAAGAGUGAGUCCGAGGCGGUGUCAAUCAGCGGCUACGAGGACGUGCCGGCGAAGGACGAGCAGGCGCUCAUCAAGGCACUCGCCCACCAGCCCAUCUCCGUUGCCAUUGAGGCCUCUGGCAGGCACUUCCAGUUUUACAGCGGGGGGGUUUUCGACGGUCCGUGCGGCGCGCAGCUGGAUCACGGCGUGGCGGCGGUCGGGUACGGGUCGGACAAGGGCAAGGGCCACGACUACAUCAUCGUGAAGAACUCGUGGGGCGCCAAGUGGGGCGAGAAGGGGUACAUCAGGAUGAAGAGGGGCACCGGCAAGGGCGAGGGCCUCUGCGGCAUCAACAAGAUGGCCUCCUACCCAACCAAGGACAACUGAUGAUGACCGCCGCUGCCGAUGUUCCGGUCUGAGAUGCUGCAUCCAGCGGAUGCAUUGAACCAUCCUUGAGAGUCGUUGUUCCUCAUCUUUGCAUUUCCGUUGCCUCUUCUUUUAUGUGGUUUUUAUUUUGGUUAACACGACGACAAUGGAUGGAAUAAGAAAAAAAAAAUGUUUUCAAGUUUCC